AAGAAAGGCUGGAAGAGAGACUUUGUUAUUCCUUCUUAGCUGGGCUAGCCAUGAACUUGCAUCCUCUUGCAUUAUGCAAUUAGCAUCAGUAUUCUGUAUUUUAACUUUUGUGAGUAGGCCCAAGCUUAGCAUGAGUUUCAGAGUCAUAACUCUUGGACUCAUCUAUUACUUGUUUUGUGUAAGCUCAGACUGCUGUGAAGUAGUGCUUGUUGCGUCCCAAUAUCUGUGUUUCUCGGCUGUUCUUUGCUGUUUUUGUUUGCAGGUAAAAAGAAAAUGUCUGCAGAAUGCCAGAGCAAAAAGGGUCAAAGUUGUAGUCUGACCAUUUCUUCUAGUGAUGAUGAAGAAUUUGAAAUGUUUUUAUCUAGAAUGAAGACUCCAAAAUCCCUGGCACAUCAAGUCCCAAAGAAGCAAAAUGACAGUUUGAGAGACUUCAUUGUUGACUCCAGGGAGGACUUUUUCUCAGAUUUUAGAAGAAAAGGAGGUACAACGCUGAAAGAUGUUUGGGCUGGAGAGAAACCAGUGGCUAGAGGAAAGGAAAAUGCUUGCUAUAGGGAACAGCUGCGUUUGGAGUUUUUCAGUGACAGUGACACUGAAGAUUCUGUUUUUAUAAAAAGUACGUGGCGGAACCACCACCAACAGAGCGGAGAGAAGGGGUUGAAGAAGAAACUGAGGCGCACAAAACAACCUCCUGGCAUACAAAAAGAUCUUGCUUUUUCUAAAUAUAAUCUGAGUCCAUCUCUGGAUGAGAAGCAGCAAGGUUGUGAAGGGGAGGAUCCAGAGGACAAAAUACAAACCUUAGCAUUGCAACAAAAUGCGACAGUAGAAUCAGACAGCUCAGAAGAUGAAUUUGAAUCCUUAAUAGAGCGGAUAAAAAAGCGAAGCACACCUCUGACUCCAAGCUCACCCACGAACAAAACCACGGUCUGUCAACCAGGUAUCAAAGAACUGGAAAACUUCAGGUCUCCCUGUGAAAGCAUACAGCAGGCUGUUCAGAGGGAGAGAAUCCAGAGACAAAACUCAGAAUCUUUGCUGAAAGAUGCUUCUUCCAGUUUAAUGCCUUUUAUGAGACUUCCUGAGAUCCCGUCACUUAAUUACGUGCUUCCAUCCCUAUCCGAGAAAAGAUCAAAUCUUUGUCCAGUGCCUGGCUGUUUCUUACAAGAUCUCUCAAAACCAACAUCUCAAUAUGUGAAGGAUUUCAGGAAAAAAAAGGAGGUGUUGACAGAGAAACUCUACAGCCUUUAUAACAGCACCAUCUUUGAGCAAAAGUUACCAGAGAAAAUGGAAAUCAUCUGGAAUAAAAAGAUGCGGAAGACAGCAGGGUACUGUGUAACUGGGCAAACAAAAGGUCCUGAGUUCCAGCGCUAUGCUCGGAUAGAGCUCUCUGAAAAAGUUUGUGACUCUGCAGACCGGCUUCGAGACACACUGAUCCAUGAGGUUUGUCAUGCAGCCACCUGGAUUAUCAAUGGAAUUCGAGAUGGACAUGGACCGAUUUGGAGAUUGUAUGCUAAGAAAUCAACUGUAAUUCAUCCAGAGCUGCCAAUGGUGACACGAUGCCACAGCUAUGAGAUUAAAUACAAAUUCACUUAUGAGUGUUCUGUGUGCAAAGCCACGAUCGGGCGUCACUCCAAGUCGCUGGACACAGAGCGUUUUGUGUGUGCACACUGUCGGGGGCAGCUAGUCUUGUGUCAGUCAAGCAGGAAGGAUGGUACUCCUGUGAGAACACAGUUAACUCCAUUUGCAAAGUACGUGAAAGAGAACUAUGGCUCUACCAAGAAAAAGCAGCAUGCUUUGAGCCAUGCAGAGGUCAUGCGGAAGCUAAGUGCUGACUUUGCUUCAAAGACCAGGCUGCUAGAUUCUUAAAUGUAUCUGAGCUGUGUGCUUUCAAUGUGACAGGAGUUUGUAGCAUUAGAAAAAGCAGACCGGUCUAGUUGGCUACAAUUUAGUUUCUAAUUUGGAAGGGUUGCAGCACGGAUUCAAUGAAUUGUUGGGUUUUUUGUUGUUGUUUGUGUCCCAGCUUGUAAGGUGCUACGAAGUCUUUAAGGUCUGAGCUAGUUGCAUUCGAAGAACAGGGUUCAAAAUAUUGGUGGAAAUAACAUCCUUGAAUACAGAUUAUAUAUUUAUCUUUCCUUUAUUUGGCAGAAUUUUCCUCUAGGAAGGAGCAGUUUUUUUGCCCCUACUCAUCAGUCGUUCCUUGCGCGAUUCUCCUGUUUCACUCAGGUGGCUGUUAGUGAAACACUUCUGUCUCCUUAAGGUGUUAGGGGAAAGGUGAUCUACCCAAUACGUGUUUGGACCUGCAUCCAUUGCCGUAGAAUGUUCAGGGGGGGAGGGGGGGGUCGGAUGCAUCUGUUUAGUUAAUUAAGGAGGAGGAAACUCAUUUAGAACCUAAGUAUUUUGACCAGGUUUGAGAGAGAUUCCAGAAGCAGUUAACUUGGGCUGAGAGAGAGGGAAGGUCUUAAACCUAGAUCAAAUAUUUUGCAGUUACAAAUUUGUGAUACAUUUGGUCGGGGGGUUGGAUAACCAGUGUGUGUACUGUAAAUAAUGUGUUCAAGUGAUUAUAUCAGUUUUGUAAGUUUUAUUCAAUUAUUAAUAAAACAAAUUUUGUAUCAUA